CAGGCGGCAGGGGAGGAGCCCCGCGAGACCGAGAGGCGGGGCGUCGGCUUCCUGACCACAGCUUCUCAGGGGCGGGGCUGCUGCAGAGCAUCUCUGCGAACCUAGCCUGAGCUGGAGCCGCUCUUUGUUCUGGUUGCUGCUUUCUAGACCCUCCGGCCCCUGGGUCCAUUCCUCGCCUUCCCGCUCUCUCCACCCGCCUGUCCCCUGCAUCUGGGCCUGCAUCUCCUUCCCCAACCUCUUCGUCCUAUAUCCUGCCCUCACCCCUCCCCCAAACUUCUGGUCGGUGCCCUUGCCUGUUACCCUUCUCUCCACCCUCCCUCUUGCAUCUUCUUCCCCCUGGUCCCCUCUCGGUUCCUCCUUUUCCCAAGGUCUGGGUCGCUCCGCCCGGCCCCGCCUCUCCAGGGAUGUCCCCUGAAACCCCGUGCCCAUGGUCCUGACGCUGCUCCUCUCCGCCUACAAGCUGUGCCGCUUCUUCGCCAUGUCGGGCCCACGGCCGGGCGCCGAGCGGCUAGCGGUGCCGGGGCCGGACGGGAGCGGCUGCGCUGGGCCGUGGUGGGCGGCGGGCAGCCGCGGGCCCCGCGAGGUGUCGCCAGGGGCGAGCACCGAGGUGCAGGGAGCCCUGGAGCGCGCGCUGCCCGAGCUGCAGCAGGCGCUGUCGGCUCUGAAGCAGGCAGGCGGCGUGCGGGCCGUGGGAGCCAGCCUAGCCGAGGUCUUCCAGCUGGUGGAGGAGGCCUGGCUGCUACCGGCCAUGGGCCGCGAGGUAGCCCAGGGUCUGUGCGACGCCAUCCGCCUGGACGGUGGUCUGGACCUGCUGCUCCGCCUGCUCCAGGCGCCGGAGCUGGAGACGCGCGUGCAGGCUGCCCGCCUGCUGGAGCAGAUCCUGGUGGCAGAGAACCGGGACCGAGUGGCGCGCAUCGGGCUGGGAGUGAUCCUGAACCUGGCAAAGGAGCGGGAGCCGGUGGAGCUGGCGCGGAGCGUGGCCGGCAUUUUGGAGCACAUGUUCAAGCACUCGGAGGAGACGUGCCAGCGGCUGGUGGCGGCCGGCGGCCUGGACGCGGUGCUGUACUGGUGCCGCCGCACGGACCCGCCGCUGCUCCGCCACUGCGCGCUGGCGCUGGCCAAUUGCGCGCUGCACGGGGGCCAGGCGGCGCAGCGGCGCAUGGUGGAGAAGCGCGCCGCCGAGUGGCUCUUCCCGCUCGCCUUCUCCGAGGACGAGCUGCUCCGACUGCACGCCUGCCUCGCCGUGGCGGUGCUGGCCACCAACAAGGAGGUGGAGCGCGAGGUGGAGCGCUCGGGCACGCUGGCCCUCGUGGAGCCGCUAGUGGCCUCAUUGGACCCCGGCCGCUUCGCCCGCUGCCUGGUGGACGCCAGUGACACCAGCCAGGGCCGCGGGCCUGACGACCUGCAGCGCCUCGUGCCGCUGCUUGACUCGUCGCGCUUGGAGGCGCAGUGCAUCGGGGCUUUCUAUCUCUGUGCCGAGGCUGCCAUCAAGAGUCUGCAGGGCAAGACCAGGGUAUUCAGCGACAUAGGUGCCAUCCAGAGCCUGAAACGCCUCGUCUCCUACUCCACUAAUGGUACCACGUCGGCGCUGGCGAAGCGCGCGCUGCGCCUGCUGGGCGAGGAGGUGCCGCGGCCCAUCCUGCCCAGCGUGGCCAGCUGGAAAGAAGCCGAGGUCCAGACAUGGCUGCAGCAGAUCGGCUUCUCCCAGUACUGCGAGAGCUUCCGGGAGCAGCAGGUGGAUGGAGACCUGCUUCUGCGGCUCACGGAUGAGGAACUCCAGACCGACCUGGGCAUGAAGUCAGGCAUCACCCGCAAGAGAUUCUUUAGGGAGCUCACGGAGCUCAAGACCUUCGCCAACUACGCUACAUGCGACCGCAGCAACCUGGCUGACUGGCUGGGCAGCCUGGACCCGCGCUUCCGUCAAUACACGUAUGGCCUGGUCAGCUGCGGCCUGGACCGCUCCCUGCUGCACCGAGUGUCGGAGCAGCAGCUCCUGGAGGACUGCGGCAUCCGCCUGGGCGUGCACCGCGCCCGCAUCCUCACGGCUGCCAGAGAAAUGCUACACUCCCCACUGCCGUGCACCGGCUGCAAGCCCAGCGGGGACACUCCAGACGUCUUCAUCAGCUACCGCCGGAACUCAGGCUCCCAGCUCGCCAGCCUCCUGAAGGUGCACCUGCAGCUGCACGGCUUCAGCGUCUUCAUUGAUGUGGAGAAGCUGGAAGCGGGCAAGUUCGAGGACAAGCUCAUCCAGAGUAUCAUGGGUGCCCGCAAUUUUGUGCUGGUUUUGUCGGCUGGGGCUCUGGACAAGUGCAUGCAGGACCACGACUGCAAGGACUGGGUGCACAAGGAGAUUGUGACUGCUCUGAACUGUGGCAAGAAUAUCGUGCCCGUCAUUGAUGGAUUCCAGUGGCCAGAGCCCCAGGCCCUGCCCGAGGACAUGCGGGCUGUGCUCACCUUCAAUGGCAUCAACCUCUGCACCCACAGGUGGUCCCACGAGUACCAGGAGGCCACCAUUGAGAAGAUCAUCCGCUUCCUGCAAGGCCGCUCCUCCCGGGACUCAUCUGCGGGCUCUGACACCAGUUUGGAGGGUGCUGCACCCCUGGGCCCCGCUUAACCAGUCCCUAAUUCCCAAGCCUUGCCGUGACCCCCCAUUUCCACCAUCCCCCCAAUGGGACAGCUCCUCACACUGGCUUCCCUGGGCUGAGACAGCCUGGGCUCUUCUCAGGAAAUGGCUCUCUGCCUCCCCCGACCCUCACCGUCCACCUCAAACCCAGCUUCCUCAGUAUCUGGAAAGGGAAGGGAAGCCAGGCAUUGGGGGUGCUAAGACCUCCCCUAGGCCCUGCCCCCAGGUCCUGUCUCAGGCGUGGGAGGGUCAUUGCUCAGCUCUGAAGACUCUGGAGAAUGAGGGUUUGCUGCAUGCUAACCCCUCUCCUGCCCUGCCAGCAGCCUGCUUGAAUAGAGUGAAGGCAGGCAGCCUCGGGCAGGGCUCAGUGCAGUGGCCAAGCCUCCCGACCAAGCAAGGGCUUGGGCCCGGGAGCCAGCUAGGGAUGAGAGGCUAGCCAUGGCUCUCCACCGAGACUGCGCCUGGCCCCUGGGCUCACCACUUCCUGCCAUCCUGUGGCCUUGCCCUGUAACCAUUCAGUGCCCUUAGCUGGCCAGGUCCACUCCCAGCCUUCCUGAUGUGCAGCCUCCUUUGCCACAUCUGGGGCCAGGGUGAGACUGGGCCGGCCCUCACUCUGGCUGGUCUGCAGCCGUGGCCUGCGCUCACUGGUGCAUGGGAGCCCCCUGCUUGAGCCUGAGCAGGGGAGGCUGCUUCUCAAAGAGCAGCUAGCCACCCUACCUAGCCUUGGUGCUGUGCACCAGGCCUCUGCCCAGCAUGGCCCAGCUCCCUUCCUCAGCCCCUCACCCGUCCAAGGCUGCCCCCCUGCACUGGCUCAGGGGGAGCUGGGGCGAGGCAGCCCCCCUGUGGCAGCAGCAGUAGCCUGGGCAGAACCUGUAGCUCCCUGGGAGGAGGCAAGAUCCUGAAGAAGGGCAAGGGGUGUAUUCGAAUCACCUGGGAAUUUUGUUAAACUCCCAUUCAGGACACCUGGGGUGGGGCCCGAGUUACUGCAUUUCUCACAAACUCCCACGUGGGCUGAAGCUGGUGAUCAAGGAAUGAUACCUUAGGAAGCAAGACUGUGAAACACAAACGCCUCACAAAUGUUUGCCAUUUCCCUGACACUUCACUCCAUGGUCUCUAAUCAUCAGAGCAGCCUUAACCUGGUAUUAUCUCCAUCUUACAGAGAAGGAACUGAAUGUCGUGCCCAGUUUCCCAAGUCUCCAGUGGCAGCCCCAGGAUGCAGACCUGGCCUCCUGGCGCUCAGUCCACUGCUGGGGGGACUCUACUGAGAAUCAUCCUGGAGGCUGCACCCUGGGCAGGGCUGUUGCUCCACAGACGGCUGGCUUCCCUCUUGCCCCAAAGAAGCUAGCCUUGGGGGGGACAGGCUUUCACAGCAGAAGGCUGGCUCAGGGGCUGUAAAGAAAUAACCGAGCAGGAGUGUCCCUCGGCCCCUUCCUCCACCAGGGUAGGAGAGCAAGAAAGCAUCCUCCUUCCAAUAAACGCAGGCUCCAGCUAAUGGGCUGAGCGGGCACCUGCCCCGCCCCUCCCCUCCUGAGGGCAGUGGGUUCACACCUGAAGGCUGGCUCAGCUCCCAGAGCCACCUCCUGCAGGUGCUGGCCAGGCCCCUCGGGGCUCUUGAGCCACAUCGUCAGAAAGUCAAAGGUCUCGCUCCAGGCUUGGGACUCCUUCCUUCCACUCGCCUCCCUGCCAAAGAUACUGCCUCUAGCCGGUCCUCUGACUGCACUUGACCCUUUUCCUUCUUGCCGCACGAAUGCCCACCGGUGCCCUGGAUACGACGGAGACUGAGGCAGACUGGAUGUUGUCCUCAAGAGCAGAGACGAUAACAAUACAGUGUGAUGAGUCUCCUCCAGGGGAAGCCUUCUGUCUUGUUGUCCCCAAUCAGUCCCACUCCCUCCUGAGGUCCCUCACGGGCAGUACUCAGAGAGGUUGCCCAGCACUGUUUCUUUUUCUGUUUGGCACACUCUCUACUGCUGCCUGCCUCCUGUCUCUCUGGGGAAUCACAGCCCAGCCCCCGGGCCCCACCAGAGCAGCUGAAGUGACGACCCUCCCCUGGCCAGGCCAGUGUGUUCAGGGGCCAGCCUCCCCUGCCGUAACAAACACUGCCCAGAUCGCAGCCAGGGCAGGCACCCUGGCCCGCACCUUCCACCUAGGCCUGGUCUCACAGGGCCGGUCCUGAGACAGAGGGCUGAGAAACAGCCUUUCGCCACCCGCCCCCCCAGCCUGCUCUGACAUUGCAGCCUGGUCUGCGGGGUCAGGGUUUUCUGCUUGGCUGGG